AUGCCAUUGACCGCUUUUAUGCGGUCUUCAAACCUUCCCGCUUCCAGGAGGUGCAUAAUUCCAGCUCAUGGAUUCCAUGCUUCGCAUCGCGUCGGUGUGCCACCGAGCGUGAUACUGGUUGAGCGAUAUCGAGCCUCCGCUUCUGGAAUUUCCUCCACAGCUGUUGCCAACUGGAGGACCGUUAACGCUUGGAUCCUGAUUGGUCACCAUCUGGGUAGUGCCGCCAUCAUAACGACCUGCUGCAUCCUUACCGUCAUCUACCUGUGGAAGUGCACAUGCACAUCGCGACGCCAUCGUACAGCCCGCCACCCUGCCGUCCCGCAGCCGCCCCGUCCCACCGUCGUCGUGUCCGCUACAGCCGCUUUGCUCAUCACUACCGUGCUGUACUGGAUCGGCAACGGGCCGGAAUUUUUCUGGCACUACCUGUAUAUCGGGAGUAGUCAGCCGGCGUGCUGGUUCGCGCUGCCUGUCGCCUAUAUAUGGGAACUCCAGCCUAAGACUGACGUGUUUCGUCAUGGUGAUGCGGCGUUGUCUUUUGCAAUCUAUGGCGGCGUCACAAUCUGGCGAUUGGUAUGUGGCUCCAGCGAACCGGUGCAUUUGCAUUGCGAAAGGCGCAACGUGGCACGCGUCAAGACAUCCAGCGGACGACGAGCACGAACCAGGGAAGCCGUUACGUUUUCUGCCGUGUCACAGCUCUAG